AUGAAUUGUCAUAAAUGCUUCUUUGCAAUUGCUAAAUUUAAUCACCACAAAGAUUACUAUGCUAUACUCAACCUAUCCUAAACAAAUGAUUAAAGUGCUAUAAAGAAGGCUUAUUAUGCUUUAGCAAAGAAAUUUCAUCCAGAUCUUAAUUAGGGAAGAGAAGAAAAAUUUAAGGAAGUCAAUGAAGCUUAUGAAAUACUUUCAGAUGAAAAUACAAAGAGAGAUUAUGAUAAUAUGAGAAAUGUUGGAUCAAAUUAAUAAAGUUAAUAAUAUUCUGAGUAAUAUUAAGACCCUCGAAGAAAUUACGCUAAUCAAUAAUAAUAAUCAUAUCGUACUAACUAAAAUUAUAGUUAAAAAUGGAACACAAGAACAGCAUAUGAAUAAGCCUUCAAAUAAGCUUCUUAAAAUUUCUACUAUUAGCAAUAAUAAUAAUAACAAUAUCAACAAAAAGGCUAAAGGAAUAAUUACGAAGAGGAGAUGAGGAGAAGGGAAGAAGCAGUGAAUUAAUUUGCAUAAGAAGCUUUAUUAAGGAAAUAGAGAGAAUACUAGGCUCGACAAUAAUAUUAUGAAUAAGAAAAGAGAAAAAACCAAUUUUAUAAUGAAAGGGAAAGAGAGGCUUACGAAGACUAUUUAAGAUAAAGAGAAUACGAACAAUAUCAACGAGAAAAAUUUGAAGAAUAUUAAAAUAAAGCCAAAAAUUUUGAAGAUAGUGUUGAAAACAUUCAAAAAAAUUGGAAUUAAAUUAAAUCAAAUGUAAGUUCCAUAUGGAAUUCUAUUAAAGGAAAAAAAGAUUGA